AUGAUUUCAACACUUACCACACACAUUAUUAAUCCCUUAGCAUUCAUUAUUCCUGUUCUCCUAGCCGUUGCCUUCUUAACCCUGAUUGAACGAAAGGUCUUGGGCUACAUGCAACUCCGAAAAGGUCCUAACAUUGUCGGACCCUACGGCCUACUUCAACCCAUCGCCGAUGGAGUGAAAUUAUUUAUUAAAGAACCCAUCCGACCAUCCACUUCUUCCCCCCUCCUCUUUCUUAUAACCCCCAUACUAGCCCUUACUUUGGCCCUCACCCUCUGAACCCCAAUACCCCUCCCAUACCCAGUAGCCGACCUAAACCUGGGAAUUUUAUUUAUCCUAGCGCUGUCCAGCCUCGCAGUAUACUCAAUCCUCGGCUCAGGCUGAGCAUCCAACUCAAAAUACGCACUAAUCGGAGCCCUUCGAGCCGUAGCCCAAACUAUUUCAUAUGAAGUAAGCCUAGGACUUAUCCUCCUAUGCACCAUCAUCUUUACAGGGGGCUUUACCCUUCAAACAUUUAGCACUGCCCAAGAAGGCAUUUGACUGAUCCUCCCCGCCAUACCACUAGCUGCCAUAUGGUACAUUUCCACACUAGCAGAGACAAACCGCGCCCCGUUCGACCUCACUGAAGGAGAAUCAGAACUUGUCUCAGGCUUUAACGUAGAAUAUGCAGGAGGACCAUUCGCCCUAUUUUUCCUGGCAGAAUAUGCCAACAUUCUGCUGAUAAACACACUCUCCGCAACCCUAUUCCUUGGGGCUACACACCUGCCCACCAUCCCCGAACUCACCACCAUCAACCUGAUAACAAAAACAGCACUACUAUCCGUACUAUUCUUAUGAGUCCGAGCCUCUUACCCUCGCUUCCGAUAUGAUCAGCUUAUGCACCUAAUCUGAAAAAAUUUUCUUCCCCUCACACUAGCCCUGGUAAUUUGACACCUGGCACUCCCUAUCGCAUUCACUGGCAUCCCACCCCAACUAUAA